UUCAUCACGCUGCUGCUGCUGCUACAGCGUGGCGAGGGAGCCGUCAGCAACCGCUCUGUCAGGCUCCAUCCCGCAGCAGCCCUCACUAGCGCCGCUCAUACCCAGCACAUCCCGCGCUGUCACCGCCGCCACAGCUGCCUCAUCCCGCCGUGCCCAGGCUCCGGCGCACGUCACGGACACUAUCACUAUCAUCAUUGUUGUUGUUACUGGCCAGAGACUGGAGCCGGGCAGGUGGGACGGGAGCGUGAUGUCACCGUGGAUGGGCUUCGCCACGUUCUAGCAGCCCUCCCACGGAGGAGGAGAGGGCCGGGCUGUCACCGUGGGCGGGAGAAGGAGGCAGAGCAAUGCUGAGCUGAUCCCACGUGUGACGAGCUUCUUCCCGGCUCAAUAAUAUUCUCUUAGCGGCUCCUGGCUUAGCUGCUGCUGCUGCCUGAGAGGCAGAGACCUGAUACCCAGUCCCGGAACCUGAGUGCGGACAGCCUGCCCCCUGCCUGCCUAUGCGCCGGACUGCUGGCACCCUACCCUCACCUCACUGUCCUGCCGCCGCCGCCUCUGUGGAUUCAUAUUUUGGGUUUUGUUUUUAUUUUAUUUUUUAUUUAGUUAUUUAUUUUUUAACUGCUUAGAGGGGACAUGGAGGCAGACGGGAGCCAGGCCACCUCCGGGAGUCCGAGCGAUUCUCAGCACGACCCCGGUAAAAUGUUUAUCGGCGGCCUGAGCUGGCAGACCUCCCCAGAUAGCCUCAGAGACUAUUUUAGCAAAUUUGGAGAAAUCCGGGAAUGCAUGGUGAUGAGAGACCCCACCACAAAGCGAUCCAGAGGCUUCGGCUUUGUUACGUUUGCAGAUCCUGCAAGUGUAGAUAAAGUAUUAGCUCAACCCCACCAUGAAUUAGAUUCCAAGACGAUUGACCCCAAAGUUGCAUUUCCCAGAAGAGCGCAGCCCAAGAUGGUCACAAGAACAAAGAAAAUAUUCGUAGGGGGGUUAUCGGCAAACACAGUAGUAGAAGAUGUAAAGCAAUACUUUGAGCAGUAUGGCAAGGUUGAGGAUGCCAUGUUGAUGUUUGACAAAACUACCAAUAGACAUAGAGGUUUUGGCUUUGUAACCUUUGAAAAUGAAGAUGUUGUGGAGAAAGUCUGUGAAAUUCAUUUCCAUGAAAUAAACAACAAAAUGGUUGAAUGUAAGAAAGCACAGCCUAAAGAAGUUAUGUUUCCCCCUGGAACAAGAGGACGAGCGAGAGGUCUCCCCUACACUAUGGACGCAUUCAUGCUAGGAAUGGGAAUGCUGGGUUACCCAAAUUUUGUUGCAACAUAUGGCAGAGGAUAUACUGGAUUCGCUCCAAGCUACAGCUAUCAAUUCCCAGCACUUUUACCCUAUUUAAAUGCAACCAUGCAAAAUAAUGUCCUUCACCUGGAACCUGAAAAAUGUUUCCCUGCGGCAGCAGCCUAUGGACCAGUAGCAGCAGCAGCGGUGGCGGCAGCUAGAGGAUCAGGAAUCCCAGAUUAUGGUUUCUAUACCUCGCCCGGUGACCAACGGGCUACAUUAUCGUUUGCGGAUUACGGUUCCAUGGGGCCUCGAGCGGCUCAGAUGCUUCGUAGUGAGCAUGCUGCCUCAGCAAGUAACUCCCCCCUACAUCACCUACCCAGCCCGGAUCAAUUUAAGAGCCCAGUCCUGAAUAGCUACAGUGCUCAACCGAAUUAUGGCGCACCCGCUUCCCCGGCAGGCACCAACCCAGCUCGACCAGGUGGAUUUCCAGGGGCCAACAGCCCAGGGCCUGUCGCCGAUCUCUAUGGAGCUGCCAGCCAAGACUCUGGUGUUGGUAACUACAUUAGCGCAGCAAGUCCUCAACCGGGCUCUGGCUUCGGCCAUGGAAUUGCUGGGCCUUUGAUUGCAACGGCUUUUACAAAUGGAUACCAUUGAAACGUUUCAGGUGGUUGGUUGCCAUCUCACUUUAAGAAUUUGUCUGGAUGCCCAGGCAAGACCGGGCGAAGUUUCUGAAUGGUCCCACGUUUGGAUGAUGUCAUCAGACCUUGAGUACUAAAUUAUAAAUAGUACCAGAUAUAAACACAGAAACACAACUGGAGAUGGCAUUCUAAGGACUGCAAUUGUUUCAAUCUCGUCAUCUCAUGAACCUGCUGUACUAUAUAGAGUCUACAGCUUUUUCUUCACAAGAGAACUAUGUGCAGACAGUUAUUGCUUUCGUUGUUUGUCAUUUUUAUUUUCCUUUUGCAUUGGGAUUCUGAGGAUACCUAUAAAUAACCCUUAUGCUUAAUUUUAAUAUUGCAUUUAGUUAAAGUUAACCACCUUUAGGGGUAUUUGUUGAUUUAUUUUUGUUUGUUUUUUUUAUUUUCAUUUUCAUUAUUAUAAUUAUGGCUCAAAGCAGAGAUUGAACUUUUAACACAACUUCGGUACCAAUCAUGUAAGAAGAAAAAAAAAUACCUUAAAUAACCCUCUAAGACAAGAUAUAUAGUGUUGGGUUUUUAGCACAUGAUAAAAGUUAUUGUAGGGUUUUAUUUGGUACUGAAGAAAAGAUUCAGUUUCAUGAUGUACAUAGUGUAAAGAAGGAGCAGCUGACUAAGGUGAUUAUGUAGAUUUUUUUUGUGAUGUCCCUUUGUUAAACUGAUUAUAUCUAUUUUCGGCAAUAACUUAAGGACGAGAAAUUUUUGAGUCCUCGGUUUUCUAUAAGUGCUUUUUUUCUUGUUAAAAGAGGUGAUAUUCUAAGGUUUUAUGAAAUUCAUUCUUAAAACAAACAGAAGUGCUGUAAAUAACCUUCCAUUAACUACAUGUAAACUGUUAGGAAAGAGAAAUAAAAAUAUAUAUAUAUAUUUUUUGUGAGGGCAAGCACUCUACAGCAUCUCUGAACAAUACAGGGGGAAAAAAACAGCAUUGUAAAGUUUAAACCCUGAAUGAGUUGCCAAGAUGUGCCCUAUUAGUUAGAUUAACACUGUUAAAUUUGUUGUGUAGGUGUUUAGACCUGAUAACUGUACUAGUGUCAUACCAGCAUAUUACCUAUUUAAAAUAUGUGCACAGCUUAAAAGUCUAGUUCUAUUUUUGUUGUUUUGAGGAUAAGAAAAAAAAAUUACCCAGACAGAAAAUGAAGCUACAAUUUUAAUAUUUAAAGUAUUUAACAUUUGAAACACAUCAUGUUUUUUUAUAUAUAUUUUAAAUUGCUGUAGAUCAAAUAAUUGUCCACUCAUUUCAGCUGCUCUGUGUAUUUGUAGUCCUUUUCUUGAGUUAAAUUCUUUUUUUGUUGUCUCCAGUGACUGACACAUGCCAUAUAGUAAAGGCAUCAUCCACCAUAUGUUACUUAUAUUCGUUGUGUUCUCUUAAUUAGGAAUGCAAACCAUUUGUUUUAAUACCUCAGUGCUCUAAUUAUCACAAUAGAGGAGAUAAAGAAUAAUUUAUUAUAGAAAUAAUAAUAAAGGUAUAGAACAUCAUUGCACUGUGACUGGUAGGGAAAACUGACAAUUUCCUAUUUGCACAAGCUUAUUUUGGCUGUUUUAUAUUUGGUCCUCUCCUGGGGAAGCUUAUGAAGGAUAUUUUAAUUUUGAAUAUCAAUUAAUAGGCCUAUAACAUCAUCCUAGAAAUACAACUUGGUAUACAUGGCAUUAAUGUACUGUUGUAGGACUUUUUUUUUUUUUUUUUUAUAUCUAUGCCAAGUUUAUUUUAACUGUUACAUGUAUAAAAUUGGUACUUUUUUUCAUACAGCCAGUACAAGACACUGAAUGCUACAUUUCUGAAACAAAAGCUGCUGCACUCCUAUUUUUAUAAAUGUUAAUAAGGUAGUGAUACCAUGCGUAAAUUAGAAUCAGUAUAGCAAAUAAGUGAGGGAGGGAAAACAUGCUGACUUAAAAGGAUGGUUUUAUUUUUUUUAUCUUUGUUUAUUAUCCACAAUUGUAAGUGGAAAGUAAGUUUUCAUUUCAACUAAAUCUAUUUUUUUUUUUACAUUAAAAGUCAAUCAUUUAAAAAAAAAAUGAAACCAAACAGUUCUAUGUAAUAAAAAAAAAAUGUACAAAAAAAAAAAAGUAAAAACUAUUCCCCAAAGUUUAAUCUUUACAGUCAGGGGAUUUUUUUAAAAGCAAAUAUUUUGUUAUUGUUGAUAAUGUACUGUACUUCCAUAUAUAUAUAUAUACAUAUAUAUAAACAUAUAUAUAUAUAUACAUAUUUUCUUUUCAUUCCCUGUCACCCCAUAGAAUAUUCUUUUGUCCUCACCGAUAUCUUAGCAGUGUAAAUAGUGGCUGUUGUGUAAGUGUGCUGUCCUGAUGCUAACAUAACAAAUUCAUUUUCUCCUAUUCUUAUAAUGAAUAUUGGUAGAUGUAUGUAAUUAAAAUUACAGAAAAACAUAGAUGUAGUUCUUCAGAUUUAGGACCAGUAAGGAUAGAACUUUCUCUAAUUUAAGAUUUUUUUCUUGUGAUUUUUUUUUCUUUUGUUCUGUUACUUAUUAUUUGUUAUUUCAUCAGUCUGAUGUGGUUUCAACUAACCAAAGGUCUCACAAUGCUAAAAAUGCUGGUAAUCUAUAAUAGGGAUUUGCAGAUCUCCCUACCCUCCCUUGAUAUUAAAGGGGAAUGCCAUACUACCUUAAAUGCUAAUGCUAUAUAUGCAAAACUGGAUUUUUUUUAUUUAUUUUUUAAAGAGGGAGGCAUGGUAUAUUAAAUGAUUUUACUAAGAUAAAACAAAUAUUUUUUUAAGAAUGCUCUGAAGAAAUUGAUAAUUUGUGUGAAUAUGUUUUACAUGUUUAUAUACCUUUUCAAGAGUUCCUUUGGCCCAUAGAUUAAUUGUGGAACAUGUUCUGUUUCUUAUUGUGGCUACCUAGACCAAGGUUUACUCCAGUCCCCGCUCAUGUAGUACUUUCAUGGUCUUGUAACUAUUCUAGCAUAAAGCUUUGGUUGUCUCCUUAUUUUAAUCAAGGACAAUGGUCGUGUCUCCCAUUAACGGUAAUCAAAUCUUUUAAGGUUGUGUUUUCUUAUUGGACCCUAGGCCUACAACUGUUCUUAAUGCCUUUCUUAAUGGAGAGAUUCAAGCACUUUUACAAUUAGAAACCUUUAUCUACCAGAGCCAAUUAAACCUUUUAGUAUAUGACUAUACAUACAAUGUAUCUAUCACACCUCACUGACUGCAUUAUAAUAUCUAUUGCACCUGUCCACAAGCUGACCAAGUAAAGUUCUUGAAACAGAGUAUAAUGUGCGAUUCUUAUACCAAGAGUGCUAAAUAUAAAAUCUGAAAAUAAUUUCAGAAGGCAAUCAUGUUACCAAGCUACCUUUUAUUAAACAUAGUGAUAAGGCAUGUACAGUAUGCUCUAAGUGAAGUACCAUAAACCGGUGCAAAUUUUGGAUGUAUUUUCUUAUCUACAGUAUACUUCAGUGGGGAAUGCAGUACAAAUUUUUGUUUGCGGUAUUAUUUUUGUUUAGAAGUGAGACUACACACUAUUUCACUACUAAUUGUAAGCAUACACUUGUUUGUGUUAAUUUGAUGGAGCUGGGAUAAUAAAUGUUGUUGCUUCCCAACUCCAGUGAUUUACCUUGGCUAGUUUAUCUGGUACUUUAUUCGAGUUUGAAAUAACUUUCUUCAGCGAGGAUAAGUCAAUGGUAAUUUCCUGUAUAUGAUUUGUGUAUGCAAAUAUCCAGAAAUAAACAAUAUUUAUAUGCUCACAGCUACACUUAAUAACAUCUCCAUACAUGAAUUUCCAUCUCCUGCACUUCCUUCUGCUCUAACUAAAUGCAUGGCUUGCUGCUUAAAGUCAGGAAGUUAUUGUUGUAGAUCGUGGGUCUUCAACCUGCAGCUCUCCGGCUGCUUUGGAACUACACAUCUCAGCAUGCCCUGCCACAGUUUUGCUAUUAAGGCAUACUAAAACUGAGGCAGUCCAUGCUGGGAUGUGUAGUUCCACAGCAGCUGGAGGGUCACCGGUUGAAGACCCAUGUUGUGUAUCCUCAGCUGGAGAGCCACAUGCUAUAAAAAUAUGUAUCAUACCCCUUUCAGACCUGGGAAUUUCCCUGCUCAGUCCCGGGUUUUUCACCUCUGAAAAAACUCGGAUUUUUGCUGGAGACCCCCUUUCACACUACACCUGAGACCUGGGAAAUUCCUGGGUUGACCCCUUUCAGACAUAUGCCUGGUCUGCCCUGGCAUUCUACAAGCCAGUGCAGACCAGGCUACUCUCAUGUCACAUGUCAUACACACACAACACGUCACACAUACAUGUCUUACACAUACACAUGUCACACUCAAACACACAUACAUGUACUAUACACACACAUGCCAAACUCAUACACACACUAGGGAUGGCCAUCGGUGGGUUAUCCAUAGAUGGUACCAUUGAUGAAUAACCUCAAUUUUGUAAAACCAUCUGAAAAGGAACCAUCAAUGGUUUUACCCAUCGAUGGUCACCCCUGCAUUUCUGUUAACUAAACUGCAGACCAAUCAGAUCCCAGGGCUUGGCUUUGCGGUGUCAGGGGGCGGGGCUAAGCUCAGUGCCCUGACACUAUGAGGAAAAAUAUUAAAUUAAAUUCGGUAGCACUGAACAAUCAUUGGUGAGAAACCAUCUGGUUUUCCCCCCUUCGAUGGUAAAAGUAUUCUACAUCGGUCAUAGACCAUCAAUGAUUUUGAAUCAUCGAUGGUCAAUGGCCAUCCCUAACACACACACACAUACAUGUCACACACCAGCUACCAGACCUCACCACAACGGCUGUUGCUAGGCUGCGCUGGCUGCUACUACUACAUACUGCAGCACCGACCGCAGCAGCUGGCACACACCCCCUCCAGGCAGUAAACGCCAAUCACAGACAGCUAGGUGCGACCUGGGAGUAAAUUCUUGGGUCGCACCAUUCACACUUAACCUGGGUUGUUUACCCGGGAUAAAAGACCCGGUAAAAACCCAGGUCAGCUGCAGGGUUGUCGACCUGGGAACACGUUCCCGGGUUGGUGCCUUUCAGGCAUACCAAAAUCCUGGGUUGAUGCGCUUUCAUGUGCAAAAACACGGGAUUUUGGAGAUUGUCUGAAAGGGGUAUCAGUUAGUAGCAGAAAACAUAUGACUUAUAUCCCAAGCUUAUAGUUGUGCGUAGUUAUUAGGUUUGCAUGUCACAAUACGCUCUACAUAUGUUAAUCACAGCACCAAAUGAUGAUGAAUUCAGACAUUUGCCAUCUUGCUGCUAGAGAGUUUACAGGUAAAUAUUUGGUGUAGGUGUAGUCCUUUAAGUUACAUAACACUGCACUCAUUAUGGUGCAACAAAUAAGAAGCUGCCAGAUUUGGUUAACCCCCUUCAUCAGCAUAUACUUAACUUAUAAUAAAUAAUGGAUUCUCCCAUAAGAGUCCUCCCUUUAUACCUGUGUCUGAAAAGUCAUGGGGGGGAAAUAACAGCAAACCAUCCACGGUGCUUCAGUAGAGUACUAUGGAAGAGUUUCCCAGGAGCUCUGGUGAAGCUUAUGGAUGGAUUAAAAUUUGAUAUUCUUUGAGUCCAAAGUAGAAACACCAAUUAUAACAAGUCCCGUCAGGUAGGAAGUUCUAAUAUUUUAGCAAAUCUUGUUCUGGGUUUACAAUCCAGUUGUUCAGAUACAUAAAAUCCAAAUGUCUCCCAAUUAGAAAAAUCUCUACCUGCAACUGAUAUGCAGUAUGUUUUGUUCCCUUACUGGUAAUAUAAAAGUAGCUACAGUACGUGCUGCUACUUCCAGUGGCAGACCAAUUUAAGAUGACUAUACUCAGUAACCAUCUUUGGAAUCUGAUAUACACUAUCUGGAUUUGUCUCUUACCAUCUGCAUUGUAAUAGCUUAGUAGUAAGGCUGGAGUCACAACUGGGUUUUAGAUGCAGAAUAUAUUUCUGCCACUUAUAACGCUGAGGAAAAAUGUCAGGUAUAUUUUCUCGAGCAAUUUUUUUAUUUUAUUUUAUACUUGCUAGGGAAAAUGUUACUUUGUAACUUAGCUUUUUACAUCUUGUAUGUGACAGGCUGGGGUACUUUUUGACCUGAAUUUUACGGUUUAUUUGAUCUGCUAAUUGAGAAUUGACCAUUUUAGCACUGAAUAAAAAUAAGUAAUCAACCUGUCGCUGUUGUAACAAGUGCUUCACUUGUAAAUAUUUAGAAUAACGUAGAAUAAUGUUACAGAACUGUUAGGUAAAACCUUUCAAAUGUACCUGCCAGCACUAUACAUGUUUUUGUUUUGUUUUUUGGGGGGGGGUUUACUGCAAGGUGGAAAAGAGUAUAUAUAGCAUUUGUGAGCAUAACAUGCUUUGGGAACAGUAUGCCAGCAAUCCUAUAGACUUCAGUGCAUUUUACUGACACACAAAAAUAUGUUUUCAAAACACAGUUGUGACACCUUGUCUGAGGGGUAUUUAAGAGUAGUAAUUUAAGUUACCUUUUUUCUAUUGAGUUUCAGUUUUUCUUCUAAUUGAUACUUGUGUUACACUGUAGAGUAUGUCUGAGUGUAAAACCUCUUUCUCUGCUGGUUGGAGAAAUGAUAGUAGGUAUCUUUUUAAUUAGCAAAAGAUAGUUGAGCUAAAGUAUGGUUAGGAUAUGUAAUAGGUCUAUUUAAUAAAACUGACCACUAAUGUAAAUUACAUCAUCAUGGCUGAGGCAUGGAAGUGCAGGUUACAUCUAACAUGUAAGGCAUGUGCAGUGGGAGUUGGUACUCGCACCGUAGAGACAGUAUAGACCAUCUGGAGAAGAAGAUGGGAACAGGAGGCAAGUAUAAUGGUGGAGGUAAGAGCAAGGGCGGCUGAGGUGAAUAUACAGUUGACAGGUUAAUUUAGUCGGUCUCAAAAGAAAUAUUUUAGGACUCUUACCUCAACAUGUAGUCUUCAGUGUAACUUAAAUGAUUGACACAAACCAGAGGAUUGUGGCUCCUACUGACCAGAUCCGGUCAGUCACUUGUUCCUCGUUCCCUCGUAGCAAGGGUUGCUGAACUGCAAUUUACGGGCACAGCAAUAUUGCUUUCACUUCCAUGUGCAACUGACCAAUCCCAUUCCUGUAUGUCUGGAUAGUUGUGCACAUCAACAAAUCCUGGCCAGGCAUCUUAGAGGCUUUCUAUUGAAACAGCUCCUGUGCACUGAUGCCCAUCUUUAUUUAACCAGCAUAGUCAGUAGGACUGUGGCUCCCAGUUCCUCGGUAGCCUUGUGCUCUAAUGGUCUUGCCUGUCUUUCUUGAAAGAUUCACAGAGUUUUGAGGCGGUAUUCUAUUCUUGGCUUCCAUCUGUUUCAAAGUUGAUUUGUAUUUCUAUGUGGAAUUCUCACUGUGAAUCUUCCAGUGUCUGCUACAGCAGCAAUCACAGUGCUCAGUAUCUUGCAAUGCUCCUGCAGUCCUGCAACAGAUACCUGUGCUUUAACCCAUGCAACUACAGUGCGUAGUCUCAAUCCUCCUGCAAUGCUGUAGUUACAUCAAGGCUUUUUUUUAAACUUUACUCCAUACAGUUUCUCAAUAUGCCAUAUUAAAUAACAAAAGUCAAAGAAUUGAUACUUGUUCUGACUACUCUUCUAAAUGAAAGGCAGCAUAUUUUAUCAAGGUAAGUUUACUUCUUGUGUGGUGUAAAAACCUUCAAAUGUGUACUGUACAUGCGCAAAACAAACAAUGUGCAUAAACUGGGUUACAUACAGUACAUCUCCACUUGUACCUGUUUGUGUCUGAAGAGGUGGGACAGGGGAGGAAAGGACUUGUCUAAGGAGAGUACAGAAAGGGCCUGUUUGCAUAAUUGUGAACAGAUGCAGACCUGCAAAGAGAAGCCAGAUACACCUGUAUCUAUUGUUUGUGCCCGAGUGCUGGUGCACAUACAGGUUGGUCAUGAUGAGGUACUCUAGCAGCUUCUGAUUGGAUUGUGGCAAAUUUGGCUCUGAAACUGUUGAUUUCUUCAUUGACUGAGCAUAGCUUAUAGCAGUGAUGUCACUAGGGUUUAUGUCACUCAGAGAAAAUCAGGACCCCGGGCCGCACCUGGAAAGGGGGAAAGUCCUUGUGGAACGAUCCCAUUUUAUCACUCUGGAGAGAUGUCCAGCACUCCCAAAACUGCUGGAUAGCCCCUAGACACUGUGUAGAUGCCGUGCACAUGUUCAUGGCAUCUACUGUAUUCACUUACUGCUCUGCUUUUGAUGUCACCUCCUAAGAUGGUGUUACCCAGUGGGGUCCGUACCCACCUAGUGACAUCACCAUUAUAGUCCCGCUUAUACUUUUCUGCUGGUUUUAUUCCUAUGUGAGCAAGAAUGUUGUGUUAUCUGCUAUAUUAUACAAAGCCUAAUAGCAAAUACAUUUUUUCACUAUAAAGGAAAGAUGACAAACUUCAUUUGAGCUUAUAACCUAGAUAUGUCUACACAUAUGUAGGUGUAUGUAUAACUGAUGCAAACCUGGCACAUAUGCUACAGGAGCAAUGCUGUACGCAUCUCGCAAUGCAGUGCCGCUCUGCAUAUGAAUGUAAAUGCACUAAUAGUUGGCUUUUUGUUUUCUUAAUAUAAAUUACAUUCUACAUAAGUGCAAAUCCACAUCGGACCAAUUAUGUAUGUACAGUAUCUGCACUGGCAAAGAUGUCCAUCCUUUUCUGUAUCAGUUUUUUGUCACCUCUUCUCCAGUAUGGUAUGUGAAGUUAUUCUGUAUAAGUAGUGAUGAAUGCUGUGAAUCUGUAAGUCUGGUUGUGACUACAGCUGUACAGGCUUGGAGCUAGUCUGACUAGCAGUGAUUCCCAUGCACCUGCUGUUCUACACAGAUUCCAGCUACUCUAUUUCACUUGAGAAAAGUGGUUUAGUGUGGACAUUCUGUAUUAGUGCCACCUUUAAAAUACUGUAGAUAUUUCUGGAAUGCUGUUCAAUUAAGCAUUGGAUGAAUCACCUAACAUAGAUGUAAACUUGAAGCCAUGUUAUUGUGACUAUUAUGAAGAUUUCUGAAGAACAAUAAUCUUCUAAAUACAAGUACUAAGUAAAGAUGAUUUUAUUUGUAUGUAGUUCCUUUAAUUAAAAAUCUGCAUACGUCUUAAAAUAAAUAGUGUUGUAGGCACAAGAGAAAAAGCAGCAUAACAUAUAGGACACCAUUGUUUUAUGCCUGCAGUCUGUUGGCUAUGGGCUUUAUAGUGGUUGUUUGUCUUUAGCCCUAUGUCCAGCCACAUAAAGGCUCUAGAUUAUUAAUAAUGCCUCUCAAAAUCUAUAACCAGUAUGGUAGAUUGUACACCUAUAAAAAUAUUAUUUUUGGGUGCACAGCUUACACUUAUUGAUUGGAACAUUUAUUGCACUCCUUUAAUCAGUUUACAAGGUAAGGUGACAGGAUGAAGAGAGUCGACCCUGCAGAGCUUGCUUGUGUCUGUAUAUUUGGCUUCAGAGUGAAAUAUUGCCAUUAGUGGAGUAUAUUUUAACAAUGGGAUGGUUUGCUUCUGUGCUUUAUUAGUAAUUAUGAGUAAGUGAUUUUAGCAUCAGGAAAAAUAUGGACAAUAUAUUGUCAGUCCAAGUAAGACAUAAUGAAUAACAGGUUAGACUACUCUUUUCAAAUACUUUGCUUGAAAAUGAAAAGUUUCAGUAUAGUUAUAAACAUCUCUUUUGUUAAUUCCUGGCAAAUCACAGCCUGUAUCAAAAAUAUGUCCCCCUCUGCCCAUGUACUGGGUGACAGUGGCUGAAAUAAACAUGCUACUAAGGCUUGACCCAUGGGAAUAUUUAUAAUGUAUGCAGGGUAAGCAGGGCACACUCUGAACCCAUAGCCUAUACUUGUCUUUACCGUGAUGCUGCUGUAAUAACGGUGAGGCUGGUGCGGGCAUCAUUUUCCCAAAGAUCUAUACUUUUGCAGUAGAGAAAUCACCAGGCUUUGCUCAUGUCCAUUAGACUCUGGAAUGGUGCUUAGCACAUACUCCGGCCAGUGAAUUGGGGGGAGGGCGCACUGAGACUGCAUACCUGACUUCUUCUCUUAAACUGCCCCUGCCCUGAGAGUAAAGAUGAGCAAAAUUACUUGUAAAUGGAGUAUUGUAACGUAACAGGACAUUUCUGGCAGUGCAGUAGUGGAAUGGCCGUUGCUUUGCAGUCCCAUGGAAUCCCAUGGUGAAAUAGCAUUAGUACCUAAUAGUUCCCAUGCGCCGUGUGGCAUGUUUACUACUGGAAGCACUUGAGGCCACUUUUGGAAUGAGGUGAUUCUUUUGUGUAAAUGUUUUUUACAUUUCACUCCUCUGUUAUGUGGAUUUGCUUGUUAAACAGCCUGUUUUACAAGUAAAUCACCUGGGCUGGUAAAUCACUAGAUAAGGGUAAUGUUUUUAUCUGUCUGUAGCUAACAGAGCAAACUAACUAGAUUGGUGUAAAACUAUAUUUAAUUCUACAAAGACAGCUUAUUAUUUUCUACAAAUAGCAUGGAUGCAUUUAAUAAAUGACACCUCUACUGAAUACUACUGAAAUGAUAACAUCAAAUCACAAAUAGUUAUUACAACAUGGCUGGCACACUUACAGUAUGUUACUGAGUGCCUUUUACAGAGAAAUGCACAAGCUAUACUGGGCAUCCAUUGCACUUUAAACUAAGAAGAGAAUAAUCCAUAAAGUACGCUUAAUUUACACUGUUGCAAAACACUGUUAGCGCAGUAGUUAUAAUAGAGCUUAGAAAGCCAUUCCAAAUUAACACUUUUUUGUUUGUUUGAAACCACUCUCUUAAAUAGAGACACAGUGGGCUAUGUGUUUACAAUGCCUUCCAAAUGUCAAACUGAAGCACUUCAUAAGACCACGGGGCCAGAUGGAAUAAAGUCUGAGUUGACUAGAGGUGCGGGUUUCCGGCCGAACUCGGAUUUUUUUUAAAGUGCCAAUCAUUUACAAGGCAUGGCUUUCCUUGUAUGUGAUUGCCUCUUUUAAAAAACGUCCAAGUUCGGCAGCGAACCCACACAUCUGGCCAACUCAAACUUCAUUACAUCCGGCCCCAUGUUAGCAAAGCUCUAUAUACUGUAACGGUCUCCCUACUAAUCACGUGGCAUUUCUGAAUUUGUAACAAAGAUACAAAGAGAGAACAAAACAAGCAAAGUUAGUUUGGCACAGGUUGAAAACAAUAACCUAGAAAUAUAAUGUUUCUCUGUUUUUUAUCUUGUGUGACCUGAAAAAAGACCGACUUCAACUCCAGCAUAAAGUAGUGAUGUGUUCUAAUAGAAUACUAAGCACUGCAUUUCAACAUGCUAAUGAACAUAACAAGCUUUUCCAUUGUAUCUUAUACAAUACAUUUCUUAACCGGAGACAAACAUGUCAUUUUCUAUACUAAAUUCUUAUUGAAAACACCAACCAAUAGAUGAGCACGAUCUCCUUGGUUAAAAUGAAGUUUGACGUAUUUUUUUUUUCUUAGACUCCACGAUGUUCACUUUAAGUUGAACUUGUAGCUUGGACUUUAAGGUAGCAUGGCUCUGUCUCUAUCAUCUAUUUAUCAUUGUACAGCAGUUUACAGCUGAUGAAUGAGGCACAUUGUACUAGACUAGUUCAAUUGUUGGGUAAUUGUUGGUAAUGAUGACCUGGAAGGUGUACUAAUUUGUAUUCUAUUUUGUUUGUUUGCUUUCAGCUACAAUAAAAAUGUCAUUUUAUCCUUAAGUGUGAAUGAGGGCUAGGGACAUAGCCACACAGAUGUUGUACAUGUUUGCCAUAAACACAACUAAAGCAAUAUUAUUUAUUACAUCAGCAACGAGUCAGUCAUGGUUUAUGUGUGAUGUAUAACUGUUUACAAAUACACUAACUUGUAUUUAUCUUGUAAAACAAUUGUCUUGUGUGGUAUUCCUUUUGAAGGUGAUAUUUUAAAGCCUAUUACUGAUUGUCUAAGGAACUUAACAAAUGUGUGAUGGUACCAAUGGAAUGAUGCCGUUACCAAUAUACACUGUACAUGCGGUCAUGUUUUUGACAUCCUACAACUAUUCAUGAGUCUUCAAAAUCUGCCUGUUCAAAUGUGUAAACACUAAGAUUUCUGUAUGUUAAGCAAUACUUCAAUAUACUGUAAUGACUUUACCAAAAAAUAAACUGAAACAAAAAAAAUAAAAUAAAAAUAAAUGUAAAGUUUCUAAGUAACCUAAGUUGCCCACCCAAAUGUUACUUAAAUCACUGAACAAUCAGAAUGUACUGUUCUUUAGCUGAAUUACAAAUUAAUUUAAUUUAUUUAAAAAAAAAAAAUUUGGUUUGUUUUUUCGAUCUAACAGGGUAGAUAGGGAAUAAGAAGAAAUUACAGGAGUCACCAAUGCUUAUUCUGAGCUGCACAAAGCACCCAGUGCAGGAUAUGUGUGCCUCUCUUGGAAUGGAGGUAGGCUAGAACAUCUAGAAGCUAAUGUACAUUGGAAGUUCUAGAUCCCAAGUUUUUUCUGGAUGGAAAGCUAAGCAUCACUGGUGGGUCUACGUAUCUCAACACAAAUGAACCUUAAUGGCACUGUGGCAGACCUAGCCCUUACUUUUAUACUUUAGUAUGAACUGAUGAGAACUUUGGUAGUGAUUAUUUUUUUUAUACAGUAUAUAUACUUCUGUAUGUAUCUAUAAAUAUAUAUCUCUCAAGCAUCGCAUCUUUCAGGUCUUUGUGUAUGGCUUCUUGAAGCCUUGUUGUAAAUUACUAUGUGGAUGGGGGUCUCUCACAUCAUAGAUGUGGAAAGUAUAAUUUUAUAUUUGUAUUUUCAAAUAAAUAAGUUUGUGAAAGGUUUCCAUCCUCUACUGUGGUCCAGAAAUCAAUAUGUUUGUCUGACAAAAAAAAAGGAUAAAUAAAAUAAACUGUUUUGAA